AUGACUCUUUUUGAGACCGUGAUGGAGCAUCAAUGGCCUCUCAUGGUUGCCAUCACGGCGCUGUAUGUCGUGAACGCUUUGCUACGAUACUAUCGGCUACGCCAGUUUGGUGGACCAUGGGCGACUGGGUUUACCAAGAUCCGACAUAAUAUCAACGUCUUCACGGGUGAGGCUCACCAUUGGUACCAAAAGGUCAGUGAGGAAUAUGGACCUAUCGCUCGAGUCGGCCCAACCUCCCUUAUCACGUCCGACCCCGAGGUCUGGGCCCAUAUCAACACCAAACCCGGAUACAAGCGAUCUAAAUGGUAUUUUGAAGCCUGCCGCGUCGAGUAUCAGCGCGACCACAUCUUCAGCCAGACCAACACCAAACUCCACGACGAGCGCCGCAAGCAGAUCGCCCCUGGCUACUCAGGCCGCGAAAACCUCGAACUCGAAACCUCCAUCGACGCGCGCCUCACCGAGCUCGUCACCCUCAUCCGCCGCAAAUACCUCUCCCGCCCCUCCACCAAUGGCAGCGGCAGCGGCGGCGGCGGCAUCAUUGCCAUGGACCUCGCCAAAAAGAUCCAAUUCUUCACGCUCGACGUGAUCAGCGCCGUCGGCACGGGCCGCCCCCUCGGCAUGCUUCGCGCCGAUACCGACGUCGACCGGUACAUCCGGUCGAGCGAGGAAGGGCUGCGGAUCGGGGCGGCGUUUUCGGGCCUGGGCCUCUCGUGGCUCGCGCAGGCGCCGAUCCUGGGCGCGUGGCUGGCGCCGAGGCCCGAGGAUAAGAGCGGGUUUGGGGCGCUGAUGGGGGCGUGUUUCCGCGUGGUGGACGAGCGGGUGCGUGGGGCGGCGCGGGAUCAGGGCAGGAGGGAUAUGCUGGCGUCGUUUAUGAAGCAUGGGUUGGAGGGCGCGGAUUUGAAGUCGGAGGUGUUGGAGACGUUGAUUGCUGGGUCGGAUACCACGGCUGCGGCGCUGAGGGCGACGAUGUUGUAUGUUAUGGGGCACAAGAGGGUGUAUGUGAGGCUGCAGGAGGAGAUUGAUGAGGCGGUGAGGGAGGGUAAGGUGGGUAAGGACGGGGAAAGGGUGAUUUCGUUUGCGACAGCCAAGCAGCUGCCGUAUUUGCAGGCCGUCAUCAGGGAGGGUUUGAGGGUGUUUCCCCCGGUCAGGAACAUCUUGCCCAAGGAUGUUCCCGCGGGCGGGGAUACGGUCAUGGUGAAUGGGAAGCCGGUGUUUCUGCCUGGUGGAGUCGACAUCGGUUACUCUGCAUUGGCCAUGCACCAUGACAAGAAGCUGUAUGGCGAAGAUGCUGCCCUAUUCCGGCCCGAACGGUGGUUUGAGCCUGAUGAAGAGAAACUGGCCGCUAUGCUCAAAGUUAAUGAGCUUACGUUUGGCCAUGGGCGGUGGCAAUGCCUUGGUAAGAACGUGGCUCAGAUGGAGUUGAACAAGACGUUCUUUGAGUUAUUCCGGUAUUUUGACUGGGCUAUCGCCCAUCCUGCGAAGCCCUGGGAUAUCAUGAACACUCUUGGUAUUUUUGUCAUCAACGACAUGUGGGUGCAAGUGACGGCCCGCUGA